UUGCCGUGAUUUUACAUGAAAAAAAAAAUAUUUGUGAUCCCAGCUCAGGCCAUCCGUUCCACAACUUCAGGUAUUUAAAAUUCAUUCCUCUUUGUAUUUUUCAGCUUCAACUCCAGAAAAAAAAAUAUGACGACAUCGCGUUGAGUGUUUUCUUCUUUAGGCCCAAGCACCACCUCAUGGAUUCCUUAAGAGCUACAAUUAAAUCUGUUUGUUGUAUUUGGAAUUCUUACAUCAUGGGCUAUAAACGAAUUCAGUCAUGCGAACUUACGCUCCUGAGAACAGCUCAGAGACAACAUGAAAAGCUAUGUCUCUUGCUCUGGGUCUUUUUGUGGCCCGAUUAUUUCGUUUACUGCAUCCUCUUCUACUCGUAAUUGGUAUAUCUCUUUUGGGUAAUGCGUUAGAUGUAAAGAACUCCUACUGUAAGUGCGAGGAGUUUCCAAUCGAGGAUCGGCCGUUUGUAGCGAUAUGGAACGCCCCGACGGGUGGAUGUUCUGUCAAUUUUAGCAUCAACAUCAACUUGAGAGACUUUGACAUUCUGGAAAAUCCGAAACAAACUUGGAAUGGAAAAUAUGUGACAGUAUUUUAUAAUGCACAACUGGGAUUAUAUCCUUAUUUUACAAACGAGCAGGGAACAAACAGCUAUAACGGAGGAAUGCCCCAGGUAAACAAACGAAUAUGUCACCCUGAUUAGUUUGUGGUUCAGGUCAUUUAUAAUUUUAAGCUUGGCUUAUUUAGCAGCAAAAUUUUCUGUUUAAUGUGAGAUCUCUUGAAAAAUAAUUGAUUUGGCACUUAUAGUAUUAAUCAUAUUUCAACUUUUAAUUGUUUCUUACAGCUUAAGUAAUGUUAUAACCUCCAGUCACUUUUAAAUCAAUAUAUCAUAUUUGUUUACUUUACCAUUCAGUAACUAUUAAAUUCCCAGCUUGAACUAAAACGAAUAUUGUGUAAUGUUUAAUGUAAUUUUUUUUUCUCAGCUGAUAGAUUUAGCUGCACAUCUAAGAAAAAUGAAAAGAGACAUCAUUAAAAAAAUUCCAGAUCCAGAUUAUAGUGGCCUUGUCAUAAUAGACUGGGAAGGAUGGCGCCCGACAUGGGAGAGAAACUUUGAUUCUAAGCGAAUUUAUCAAAGUAGAUCAGUGGAGCUUGUCCAAGACAAACAUCCAGAGUGGUCCAUGGAAGAAGUCAUUGAGGAAGCAAAAAAAGAAUUUGAAAGAACUGCUCGGGUAUUUAUGGAGAGUUCUAUCAAGUUAGCAAGACAAGUCAGACCUAAGGGAUUAUGGGGCUUCUAUGGGUUCCCUGACUGUUUUGGAUCAAAUGAAACAAAUUACCGCUGCUCUGAUGAUGUGAGUAAGAUCCAUCAUUAAAUAAAUUCCUUGUUGCACAUGGCAAAAAAAAAGCAUAGAGUAAUGAAACCAAGUUUAAGAUAGCAGAUAUCUACAAUGUAUUUGGGUGUUAGUAGUUUCAUUUACAAAAUGUAUUCAAGAUGUUUAUUUUCAAUGUGCCACAAAUAUCUCAGUAGUACAAGUUAGAUUUAGGUAAAUAGUCUUCAACGUAUCACUAAGAUUGCAAGCAAUUGCCUAUUAUUAUUAUUAUUUUUUUAACAAGAAUAUUCAGGUACUUUUGGUGGUUAACCCUUUGAUUUCAUGCAUGACCCAUACAGAAUUUCUCCUUACAAUAUAUCUAUACAAUACGAAGCAGGCAAGUGAUGAGAAUAAAGAAAAAUAUCAACUAGGUGGUGUAUUAAAAAUAGUAAUUCAAAUGAUGUUUUUGAUUUGUUAAUGUGUGACAAACUGUGACAAUUAGUUGGUAAUUUAGUGUUAAUCUCCCAAAUCAGCAUCCUUAAUCCCCACAGAAUCAACAAGCGCUUUUCAUUCAACUAAUGUAUUCCCAUUUUCUCAUCACCAUAUUCCCACCAAUAGCGUAGCUCCACUUUCUGCAUAUAAACUCAUCCACAACCCACAAUUCCUCUAAUUGCUCUGAUAAAGGGCUAAUGCUCAAAUUUAUGUUUUCAAUUCAGUGGUUAACACUAAAUUACCUGCUAUACUCUCCCACCGAUGCAGCACCACAGUUUCUUUAGAAACUUACCCCCUUUAUUAAUGUGAAAAUUAGUUGUCUGUUAAAUUUUUUAGAGAUUGUUUUUCAUAAAUUAUUUCACCAUUAUUUCAUUUUUAGCACCAGGAGAUGAACAACAAACUCAAGUGGUUGUUUUCAAGCAGUAUGGCACUGUACCCAUCUGUUUACAUUUACGAUCAACAGUCUUGGAAUAAAGCUUUUACUUAUGGGAGACUAGAGGAAGCUAUUAGACUGGCAACUUGGGUGUCAAAGGAAAAUAAGAGAACAGUUCCUGUGUUUCCUUAUUUCCGUCACCUAUAUGAAGGAAAACCAUUUGAGUUUGACUACCUUACUCUGGUAAGAAAUUGUUCAUUUUGCAUCUAUAUCUCUUGCUAACCCAGCUUGAGGUAUGUACCAUAAGUUACAGACAAAGCUUUUCCAUCAGGAUUUAUGACCCAGGUGCGAAGGCGUGGUUAAUAAAUCCUAACGGGGAAAAACCAGGUACUGUAACUUACAGCAGACCCAGGUGUGAAGGCGAGGGUAAUCAAUCCUAACGGGAACAAAUGAGGUACUGUAACUUACAGCAGACCCAGGUGUGAAGGCAAGGGUAAUCAAUCCUAAUGGGAACAAAUGAGGUACUGUAACUUACAGCAGACCCAGGUGUGAAGGCAAGGGUAAUCAAUCCUAACGGGAACAAAUGAGGUACUGUAACUUACAGCAGACCUAGGUGUGAAGGUGAGAGUAAUAAAUCCUGGUAGGAAAAAACUGUAACUUACAGUAAGAACUGAGAAAACAAGGUUAGUAAGAUAUUUGUCAUUUCUAAAUAGAGAGGAAAGAUUUCAAUUUAAACAAACUUUUGACCUUGGUGGACUGUGCAGUGAGUUAUGGCCCACUAAAUUGACCAAUCCUAGUGCACAUAGCAACUGAGAGAUAUACUUAUUCAUUUUACAGGCCUUAACUCUUUCACUCCCAAGUGUGACUAGAUAUGACUUUCUCCUUAUAAUAUUGAUACAUUUUCAAGCAGAAAGGUGAUUAGGAGCUAGUGAAAAGUUUUAUCAAUUGCAAGAAAUUGUUUGAUUGAACACCAACUUCUCAGCGCUUAGAUUAUAAGAAGCUGUAACAGACAUUGUUAUGAAUAGAUGUUUAGAUCUUGGGAAUGAAAGGGUUCACUAUCUUUCCCAAUGGCCACUGUGGGAAAUUAGGUGGCCUGAUGGUUAGCACUGCCAGAAUUGGGGUUAAGAAGUCCAGUUUUAAGAUGUGGCCAGGUCUCUGUGUUAUGUUUGUCACAUUCUUGACUGUGAUUGGAGGGCAAUCAAGGAGACACCAUUUAAAACAAAAUGCCAUGCUAGUACAGUUACUUCAGAUUUAUUGCGAUCACGCUUAAUAAAAUGGAAAGCAGUGGAAGGACUGAAAAUGAAAGAAAUGAGUAGUUUGUUUACACAAUGACCAAACAGACAGAGAGAAAAAACAAAAGUAGCAUGGAAAAUAACAAUGACUUGCGCUGUCCAACUCUUAGGAAGCUAAAUACAAGGUAUCUUUGUAAUCAAAAUUCUGGUAAAUCAUUCUUCCCACAUCUUUCUGCUGUCUAUGAUCAUGUGCAAAAGUUGCACUUAGAUUCUUCAAUUACCAUCAACAUAAACCUAAAACACUCAAGCAAUGUUGCAAGGAAAGACAUUUUUUCCUCUCACAGUGCCUCUCUCCAACCAGGAGUAAAAAACAAGUACUGGCAAAUCGUCAGGGAAAGCUGAUUAAAUGCUGGGGUAACCAGGGGUGGACAAGCAUCCCAUCCAGGGGUGGGGUGGGGGGGAAUACUCAUAGUUGCUUAAUGCUACAAAAAGUGGGUUAAGUGCUGCCUGGAUGGGCCACUUUUUCUAUUUGUCUACCUUUUUCUACCACAGGCCACCAGGCCAAACCCUAGUUCUGCUAUUUAUAGCUAAGCUCGCAGAGCGUAGCCCCAUAAUUAUACAAAAUAGUAGUAACCCAUCAAGCCGAAAAAUUUGGAUGUACGACCGUACGACCGACCGUACAAGGUGCUAUUUUUAGCGUGCGCGGCCAACUGUACCACGGGCACUAUCUUAUAAUCAGUCCUCUACACGGACACGGAGAAGUUGCGAAUGAAAAUCCAUUAAUAUUAUCACGCACUUUAUCCAUAGUAGGGGCUUUAGUUUUGUUGAAGAGACCUGCGAGAAAAAGAAAAUGCGAGUUCCGCUUUUAGUCUUGCCUAAAUCUAUAUAUCACCCAUGCAAUCAUAAUAAACUGCUGUAAGUCCCCUCUUAACUCCAGGAACCCCACUUAAUUAAACUACUGCCUUAUCCUUGCAUUGCCAUGUCAUGUGACCUCCAUGGCUUCUGUGUGAUGUUUGCAGGUUGAUCUACACAAUACAAUUGGCCAAGCAGCUGAUAUGGGUGCAGCGGGUGUAGUCAUGUGGGGGAACAGGCGUGAUGAGAACACCUCUCCUGAAGUUUGCACUCAGCUCAAUGACUACAUUAAAACAAAACUUGGUCCUUACUUUGAAUCUGUAAGGCAUCGAACAGAGGUCUGCAGCCAGAAAAAGUGUAAAGGUCGUGGACGGUGUGUUGAUAGUCGACUCAUUUCAGCAAGAUGGGUGGCUGAGGAGCCACGGUUGUAUGCACCAACUUGUAAAGGAUCGCCAAAGCUAUUUUCUCCAUUCAUACGGCAGCACUCCUCUUACCACAACCAUCGAGGUAUAAAAUUGUUUGGCGUUAUCUAUUUCAAAUGUUUAGACUAGCAAAAUCAUGUUGUAGAUUUAGUAACCCAAAUUUACUUGUCUUUAGGCUGGAAUAUGACUGGACUGUACUUAAAGUUUUUUCAAUGUAUUUAAGGUGACCAGGCAAAAACCAAUCUUCACAUCCCGAACAAAAGUUACAGCAAAGGUCACAAUUCGCCAGUGGCUGUCAAAACACACCAUAAACAUGGAUUGAGCUCCAAACAACGAAAGUAUUUAAUGAAAGAGCUCACACUGCUCAAUGCUACAGGAAGCAGGAAGGUGUUCCUCAAAUCUCGUCAUCGUAACUCUACCAAGGACUUCGUGGUUUUCAUGUCCACAUCUGACUCGGCUGUUGAGGUGAACAAAGCUCCUCAGGAUGCUGAUAGAGGAGUAGUAGCGACGAGUGGACUGCACUACCAUGACCAGUUAAAUGACAGGUUAGAUUGAGGAACGUAGAGUAUGUUUGAGAAACCUUAUAAUUUCUCGGACAUUAGAGCCCUUUUUGAUGGAUUGUCGUCAAACCAGAACUAAAGGAAUCAUAGCAGCCAAUCAGAGGAAAGGAAUAAAUCACAAAGAGCCAAUAAAAUAUUCCCAAGAGUAACCUUACCUUUUAUAAACUGAUUUUAAAUUUGCUGAAAAUUCUAGUGCAGAUGCCUUCAUUUUGUAAUUAUCCAGGUAACCUGGCAGCUCAACUGGUGAUUUUUGUAAACUACAUUGAUUUUGGAGAAGACCAUUCUUGCGAUGCAAACCCAGAAAAUCGCUAACCAUUUCAGGUUUCCACACCCUUAGUUCUCUCCUUGGGUGGGUAGGGAAAGGUGUGACUUGCAAAAGUUUUCAUUUGGUCUUUGUAAGGACAACAUUAAGUUAAGUUAUGUGCGUUGCAGCUUAUGAUUCGCGUACAGGAGACAUGUUGCAGCAACAGAUUUCCCUUUUUUGCCUUUGAUGACACGAAACACUUUAUUUGAAUUCACGAAAGAUGUUUUUAGGACAAGAUGAUCGUCGUUUACCAUGCUGUAGAACAGUAUGGAGAAUUUGCAUACCGAUGCAUGUUAGGGUGAAAAGGGUUAAAAACGUGGUAUUGUUAUUUCCGUAACAUACUUCCUUUGCGGCACUCUCAAAGGGGCUUAUCCGUACAACAUGUACCCAAUGUGCUCUUUACCAUUAGGUACAGAUUGUAACGUUUGAUUUUUGAUUUGUUACUUCAGUCCAAGUUUUACUGAAACAGCAUCCAGUAGAGCCAUGGCACCAAGCAAACUGAUGCUUUGUAAUGAAUCGUCACCAGAAUAUACGAACUGUGAAAUCAUGAAAGAAAGUCCAUCAGCGUACAACAGUGGAUUCCAUUUCCCUCACACUUAUGUGGUGUUUAUCUGCGCGUCUCUCGGCUCCGCCCUGCUGGUAUCCACCACUUUCAUUAUGAGUUACUAUUACUGCAAUAUUCGCAAGAAGGUAGAAGAUGAUGAAGAUAUUCCGCGCGGAGACUGAUAACCAGUGACAAAAGUGCCGAAGUAACCCUGGUGAAACUUUGAAGACUGAGCUUCCGUUGAAUAUCUAUCAGCAGUGUUUGGCUGUUCGCCACCAUUGUUGGAAGUUGAAACAAAGAUGGAACGCACGUGAACGAGUACCUUUAAUAAACAACACAAAAUAUCCACUGUUUGCUUAUCAACGGUAGAAAUGCGGCACAGAAUAAUCUUUGUGACUAAAAGACGUAAAUCUGACUUGUUAAUUGUCCUUUGCCAACUGAAGGUUUCAAAUUCCACUCAAAUUCCGCUCUGAUCGGAUUAAAAUAAAAAUACAAUUUAUGACUGAGUUUUUUGCUUCAGCCAAAAGAGGGUGAUUUUGUCAACGAAAGAUUUUCGUGGCUUUUGUGAAAAGAAAAGAAGGUAUUGAUGGGUCGAUUUCAUCUGAACUAGAUCAAUUGCAACAAUUUGUUUUAUUCACGAUCAAGGGAUUUUCCAUCAUCGAUCAGAGGUUACGUUGUCGGUUUUAAACGGGUUGACCAACGACAACCUUCGAUAUUUAGGAGAAGCCUUUGUGGCGACUUCUCGUCACUCCUUUCUGUUUUGACAUUUGUAUUUUGUAAGUUGAACUCCUUUUAGAUAACGGAAAUGGCCAUAAAAAUAUCAGCCCGGCAAUCGGUUUUUGACAUCACAGGUUUUCAAUUUCUGUUUUGCUUACAAUAGAAAAACACGACGUUUGUCUCGAAUAAAAAAAAGAUGCUUUGACAGGAUUAGGAGUUGUGUGUAAACAGAACACCCACAAGUACCAUGCUUGGGAUCAAAAGAGGUCUUGUUGC